ACGUGAUGGUGCAAAACCUCUAUAUGGACGCUCUUAUUGAUUUCACUUCCGCGCUUCGUGACUCUGUCAUGGCUGACUUGAAAGAACAACACGUGACUCAAGUUAGACACGUUGGAAUCAAUGGUAUUUAAGCUCAAGCUAUAAACAAUAACCGAGCAUGAUCGCUUACUUUCACUUAAUGGAAACUCCAAAUCACAGGUACUUCCUCUUCUUCUUAAUUACAGCCAUGUGCCGGAGCAUAUACUCUAUGGUAGGAACACGCUUUUUUAGCGCGAAAUAAGACCGCCCGUAGAGAAUUUCCCGCUUAGCCUUUUCCCCCUGGCACAUGUGUUAUCACAUGUGUGUGAGGCUCUUAGUCUUGUUGCUUGGGAUAAACAGUCGUUGGCGCCAUUGAUCGCUACUCAUUCAAGUGUAUCCAACCUAUUCAAGGAGGUUGUCAAGGAACGCAUGACGUCACAAAAGAUAUCUAACGUCCAUACUCUGUAACUUUACGCUUGAGCUUCUCUCCGUGAAAGAUCGUUGUUUAGGAACUGAAGCGUAGACUAAAAAAAUCCCAGGAAAAGUAUUCAUAUUCAGCAUUUAAAUCCAGGGUUUGGAAAUCCUUGGCGUAUUUCUCGAGAACUCACAAUCAAGCACCCGGUGAAUAUAUUUCGUGUUGAUUAUUUUCCCGCCCAAAGGUCAACUUUCUAAAGUCAACUAAAGUUUGAGAAAUCCAAGUAUCGACGAAUCAAUGGAGAAAAAUCACAAGAUUUCUACCAAGAAAACCAAAGCCCGACCUCAGAAAUCGGAAGAGCAUCUCGUACAAAUCCGUGUAAAAGAUGUGAAUGUUAAUCGUGAGGCAAAACCAUCAAAAUGUUCGUGCUGUUCUAAAAAGUACAUAUCAUUGCCAAUCUCGGGACUAGCACUCAUCGCUGUGGGAUCUCUCCUGAUCAUGGCGUAUUUUAGCGUCAAGAACCUUACAUCCUCAUUGCCCCUAACUCAAAAUACAUUCCCAUCGUACGUGGCUGGAGGAAUGAUGGCAGUCAACGGAUUUGCAAAUCUGAUCCUCUUCAAGAAACGACCAAAGCUAUUGAUUGUCUCAUGCAUUUUCUUCACUAUAUCUUCGAGUCUCCUGUGCUUUGCUGGUGCAGUGCAUUCCCUCACUAGCGUAGCACCCAUGCUAUCAAGCUUCGAAAGAUGCCAAUACUUUCCGAAGGAAACCUCGUGCAGGUGCUUCUACUCGAGUGAUCUCCGACAGGUAUCGUACAUUUUCCGAGGAACCGAGAACUGCCGAGUAGUCCAGUUCGACCUGAAGAACAUGGUGUACGGAAUAAGUGGUGUUUAUGGAGCUGGUCUGGCAGUGUGUGUGAUAGCUGGCGUGCUAGAAUCCCUCUUACUCUGCCCGUCUCGUCGCUCAAAGCGCAUGUCAUAUCGUUCAAGAUCUGAAGGAGAUGGCAAAUGUACCUCGACAUCGCGCCAGUCCCAGACCUCCCAAACUAACCUGACACUCAGCUGUUCCGAGGCGGAACUGGUUGCCGGCGAAUCAUCAUCCACUACGUCGACAAGUACUGCACCAAGCACGCAAACGAGGCGAGAAUCACAAACACUGCGGGAAUCACAGAGCGCAUGCGUACGACAACACGCAUGCUCACAUUAUGUAGUGGAUUUAGAUGUAAACGUUCCAAGAAGAGACUAUUGCAUAAAUUAUAACACGUCAUCUACGAGGCACGAUCCACCGCCUCCAUAUACUGAAUAAUGGAAGGUUGCUAUGGUAAUAAAUUUUCUACGGACUAUACUAAUGUUAGCUCAGGAACAUUGAAGUACCUUCCUUGCAUUUCCUUGCGUACAUGAUUCUGGUGAGAAUAAGCUAUGAACACCAAAUGAUAACAUUGAAAAAACAUAUACGUUGCAAGUAACUACCAUGGAUGGCUAAGAAUAAUAAUUCAAUAUAAUAUCGUGGCGCUGCAGACCACUCAUUUGCUCUUUCCCGCCGCGCAAAGCAUGGACCAGACAACAAAGUAACAGAUAACGUGAUCGUUUCCCGCCAUUUUUUACAGAAGUAAUGUCUGUAUUAAAUAUGGAAAUAGAUAUUCAACUUAAUCAUAAAUUAGAAACGAAUAGACCUUUCCCAAAUUCGACUUCAAACCAUUCUUCUGUAGUUAAGGUCUAGUAAUAAAAAACGAUUGUAUUGUAUCUAUUCGCCCGAUAAACUUUGAUUUGAGAGCCCUAGAUACAAUUCAACGGAGCUAAAUAGAACUGGAAAUAAGUUUAAGAAUACCCAUGAUUUAGUUCGACAGGAUGGUCAAGAGUCACGUGAUCUGCUACUCGCAAUGCUUUGCCUGUUAUACAAAAUUCAUAAAUAGCAAGGAUAGCUUAAAACUCGAACCUUCCUUAUAGAUAUGUAAAGCUAGUAUUUUGUACAUAUUGUAAAUAGGCGAAAAUUAAUUAUGGGAAAGUUAGUGUGGUCGAGAUCUAAGUGCAUAAUUAUGAUUUAGAGCAGUUAUCGCAUGACUGUGAAAAGAGCUCAUGGCACGAACACGUUCUUGACACAGCUAGGGAUACGCCAGGCCAAUCAAAUACCCAGAACACGGCAUAAACACGGUGCGGACACGGUCACGCCAAAGUCACGGUACUUUCAGACCAAUCACAUCGCGCGAGAAAAAAAUCAGCCAAUUAAAAUUCUAGAAAACGUCAUGGUCACGGCACGUCACUGAAGCUUUUCACAGUCAUACGAAAACUGCACUACUGCAUAACUACGCGCUAUAUAUAUUGAAUUUUAUUAAAUAUUUAUAACUGAUGUACUUGUAGAUAAAGAUAAAAUCCAUCACAUUCGGCAAAGAAUUUUAUUUUAUUUGCGAUUAGUUUAUUAAGUACAGAUAAUUUAUUUGUAAUGUAAAUAGAUAGAUAAAA